AUGGCUGCCUUUCAAUUGGAGGCCUCCAAUAUCACCGAGGACAACUGCGAGGAAAUCCAAGCAUUCCAUAGCCUCGUCGCCAUCUACGCGCUGGCCCUCGCGCAGUUCGACCGGAGCGACAAGAGCGCGAGCGAGGAAACCGUCGUCGACGAAAUGGUGCAAAUAAUUGUCCUGAUGAAAGCCAACCGCGUGAUCAAGGAUACCGCGCUCCCGAUCGUCCGGGCGAAACAGACCAAUCGCUGGGUAGUCGAGGAGGACAUCUUUACCGAUGCCGAUGAGUAUCCGGGGGAUACGGAGCUCGUCAACGCCGCGGCGGCCCUGCAACCGUGGAUCGAUGCAGCAGAGGACGACGAGGUCGUUCGCGGGAUCAACACUCGGGCGGCGGCCAUGGUCAGUGAGUUGGUCUCCUAUCGACUGCGGCGGAAUUUCCGGCGCUUCGUCUGGGGGAAUUUUGUGGACGAUGAGUUUCUAGGGCUCCUGACUCAGCGCAAUCCGAUGGCGUUGGUGAUUUUUGCGCAUUACGCGGUGAUUCUGGAUCAGUCCAAGUCGCUGUGGUGGUGCGCGAAUUGGGGGGUGCGCAUCGUCUCCGCCGUGGCCUCGUGCCUGCCGGACAAGUUUAUUCCUGCCAUUGCGUUUCCUCUGCGCAGUGUGGGCUUACCUAUAUUAUAA